AUGAAAAACCUCAAAGCUUUACUAGGAAGUACGGAGGUUUCUCCUAAGCUUUUGAAACCAUACAUACAGGAAACUUCUUCUCUUUUAAAAAACUUCAAUCCUCUAGAACGUUAUAAUUUAAAAGAAAACUUCAAUGCCCUCGCAAGUUUUGAAAAUGGGGAGAAAGUCUGGACGGAAGAUGCCUUCAUUACCUUUUUUGGAAUCCCUGAUACCUUGCAGCUUUCUUCUUUUUUUUAUCGAGCAGCCUGUUAUUUUGGCUCUCAUAAUCGAAAUCGUGAUUGCUUAACAUUUUCAGCUCUUGCAAGGUUUAUAGCUUGCAUUACGGAAAGACAUCGGAAUGUAUGGAGUGAGGACAAAAGAUAUUCACUCAUUUUCCAAAGUUGGUGCGACUCGAUUCCUCAAGAAAACAAGGGUAUACUCAAUGAAACUUACGAUCGAAAGACAGUUCGAAAUGUGGGGAAAAAGACGCCUGAUGCCAAGCAUUUUCCUCGUAUGCGAAUUACUAACUUCCAUCGAAUCUGUAUACUUGCUUUGUGUAUAGUCGAUCUUCAGCCGGGGGAAUCCAUUGGUAACCAUAUAAACAGAUUUUCUAUUCCAUAUUACAAGAAAGCAGAAAACGUUGCUGAUAUUCUGAUCUGUGGGAUGAAGAAAGACGGGUCCACGCCGCUUUUGCUUUUCGAUGACUUUAUGACUUUUUUAGACGAAAAUCCGUUCUUACUCAAUCAUCUAGGAUGUCUAUUUGACUAUAUCCUUUAUUCCCAACCGCAUGCUCAACCGGCUCAAAUUGAUGAAUUAUGUUUCAACUCCUUCUCUGUCUUAGACCCUCUUCUUUAUGCCCAAUUGCGCUUAUGUAUUCCCAAUUCCUCGUUCAAUUACAAAAACUUGAUUAGUCUUUUUAACUCUAAUAAUCAUGGCUACUCAAUGUCCGCAAUUGAACGUCGCGUAUUAAAUUUUAAUGAACCUACUAUCCUGCUGUUUAAGGGUCAUAGGAUUUCCGAGAAGAAAAGAAAUUCUCGGCAAUUGGCAUUUGAAAAUAAAUACCCUAAAAAGUAUUCAAAUGAUUCUCAUCAAUGCACGGAAAUACUGGACUUAUUUGAAAAUCAUGAACCUGUAGAAGAAUCCCCAGUUGUUCUUGGUGCGUACAUAACAACUCCGUGGAAACAGUCUCAAUCUGAGUUUUUCGGUAACUCAAAUUCCUUUCUUUUUCAGCUUCGGCCAAGACAUCAAGUGUUUCGUGCUACAAGAAAGGAAUCCAGUUUCUGUAUAUUCGAUAAAACUUUAGGCAUCUGCUUUGGACUAAGGCGGAACCAUGUCACGAACGAUUUGCUAGUGGAAAGUCCUGGAGUAAACAUGCUCAUCGAUGACAGUCUAGAGUACGGAUUUUUUAGACACGCUGGGCAUGGGGCAUUUGAAGAAGGAAAGCAAUUAUCGGGAGCGCUGUUUGAAGAAAGGUUCUUAAUUCAUAAUCUUGAAGUAAUCGGAAUCAAAAAGUCGUGUGAUCUGGAAAAUACCAUCAAGCUUGGAAAAUGA